AUGGGCAAUAAUCCGGUCUUUGCUGUUACAGUGUUCUUUAUCUGUUUUCGAGAAUGUCUGGAGACAACAGUCGUCGUGUCUGUUUUGCUCGCAUUCUUGAAGCAGACUCUAGGCGCAGAGGAGGAUCGCGCUACCCAUAAAAGGCUUGUGCGACAAGUCUGGGCAGGGUGUGCAGCGGGACUCGUGCUCUGUCUUGCAGUCGGCGGUGGCAUGAUCGGUGCUUUCUAUGGCCUCGGCACUGAUACUUUCUCCAGUACGGAGGAUAUCUGGGAGGGUGUCCUUGGUAUUAUUGCCUCGUUGAUAAUCACUAUCAUGGGCGCCGCUCUCCUGCGUGUUUCCAAACUGCAAGAAAAGUGGCGUCUCAAGUUGGCCAAGGCCCUUGCGCAUCAAAAUAACCCCAAUGAAUCGCGCAAAGGCCGGGUAAAGAGGUGGCUUGAGAAAUACGUCAUGUUCAUCCUGCCUUUUGUGACAGUGCUGCGCGAAGGCUUGGAAGCUGUCGUUUAUGUUGGUGGUGUUGGACUAGGCCUGCCUGCUACCUCGUUCCCUUUGGCUGUGGUCUGUGGUCUUGCAGCUGGAUUUUUGGUCGGAUAUCUGAUUUACCGGGGUGGUCGAGAGACUUCGAUGCAAAUUUUCCUGAUUAUUUCCACAUGCUUCCUGUACCUCGUUGCGGGUGGUCUAUUCUCGCGCGGCGUUUGGUACUUUCAGAACAAUGCGUGGAACAAGAGGAUCGGAGGCGAUGCUUCCGAGACUGGUUCUGGUGCGGGUUCUUACAACAUAGAGCAAAGCGUAUGGCAUGUUAACUGCUGCAAUCCUGAAAUUGGUGGCGGUGGAGGCUGGGGUAUCUUCAAUGCCUUGCUUGGAUGGACAAACUCCGCCACAUAUGGCUCUGUGAUCUCUUACAACCUAUACUGGAUCUGUGUUAUGGUUGGUUAUGGGUUGAUGUUCUACCGCGAGCGCCGUGGAGCUCUCCCAGUCAUCGAUCCUGUGAUGCGCAAGGUUGCAAACUACAAAGCGAGAACUAGGGCAUUUGUCCUACGUCGCCCUCUUGAAGAGCCUGACACUGCUCAGGCUAGCGGGGCCAUUGAUCACACUGUUACAGCGAAUGAGAAAAGUGCUGGGGCUGGCGUUUCUACUGUUGUCAAGCCGGCGGAAGCUUGA